AGGCGGACAUGGACAUGCAGGUGUAGCGUACCUUUGGACUUCACCUGCUGCUUUCUGGGUCUUAUUUUUAACUUUGUAUAUUUGCUCGUCAGUAAUGCCUCCUAAAAAGCCAGCAGCAGACUCUGCUGAGCCGCCUGCGCAGUCCUCCAGUGACGCUCCGGUGGAGGAUAAAAAAACAGAUGCUGCGGCGCUGCGUAAAGUUGCAGCUCAUCCCUCCACAGCGAUUAUGGUGAAGGAAGCGCUGAAAGAGUUGGACUCACGCAAAGGGGUCUCAUCCCAAGCGAUACAGAAUUACAUUAAACAAAAGUAUCCCUCGGUGGAUUUGGUGAGGUUGAAGCACUUGGUCCGCAGAGCUCUGAAAAAAGGACUCGAGACUGGCACGCUGGUGCGGCCCGCAAACUCCACCGUCACUACAGGCGCAACGGGAAAAUUUAGGCUUCCACCAAAAGUCAAGGAGACAAAAUCAAAAACUGAGAAUACUGAUCCUAAUGUGCAGAAACAGCCCAAAGCAGCGACCAAGAAGCCCAAAAAAGCAGGUGCUGCAAAGAAGAAAGACACUGCUAAUGAAGAGGACAAGUCACAGGAGGACCCAAAGCCUGCCAAAAAGUCAAAGAAAAAUGAAGAGGAUGCUCCUCCAAAAGCUGUGCCAGCAAAGAAGCCAAAGGCCAAAAAAGCUGUGGAGAAGGGGGAGAGUGAUGGUGACAAAGCCCCGGCUCCAGCCAAAACUAAAGCAGCAAAGACCACCAAGGAAGCAAAGGCAGGAAAGGCAUCCCAGAGCAAGACUGCUAAAGAAAGUGGUGAUGUCCCUGCUACUAAAGCAAAAGGGAAACGAGGGAAGAAGGCUGCAGAGUAAAUUUUUAUAACACUUUUUACUGUUUUGUUUGUAGGUUGUUUUUUUUUUUUUCAAUAAAAUCUCUAUUUUUGGA